UUUGGAGUUUGAUAUGAUGAUUAGAACAUAACCACAGUGACACGUUGAAUUCGCCAUAAUCAAGGAACCUUUUCCGGGUGGGGAUCUCUGAAAUUACUCAGUGAGCAACCCUAAUUACCCUGAUUUUUUGCUGAUAAUCACUAUCAAUGGAAUCAAAUCACAAAUCCGGGGAUGGAUUGAGCGGCACCCAGAAGGAAGCAGCCCUCCGCGCACUGGUCCAGCGCACAGGAUAUAGCCUGGUCCAGGAAAAUGGACAGAGAAAAUACGGUGGGCCUCCACCCGGCUGGGAUGCUGCACCACCAGAAAGAGGCUGUGAAAUUUUUAUUGGAAAACUUCCCCGGGACCUUUUUGAGGAUGAACUUAUACCAUUAUGUGAAAAAAUUGGUAAAAUUUAUGAAAUGAGAAUGAUGAUGGAUUUUAAUGGCAACAAUAGAGGAUAUGCAUUUGUAACUUUCUCAAAUAAACUGGAAGCCAAGAAUGCAAUCAAGCAACUUAAUAAUUAUGAAAUCAGAAAUGGGCGUCUCUUAGGGGUCUGUGCCAGCGUGGACAACUGCCGAUUGUUUAUCGGGGGAAUCCCAAAAACUAAGAAGAGAGAAGAAAUCUUAUCAGAGGUGAAAAAGGUCACAGAAGGAGUUGUCGAUGUCAUCGUCUACCCAAGUGCUGCAGAUAAAACCAAAAACCGGGGCUUUGCCUUUGUGGAGUAUGAGAGCCACCGUGCGGCUGCCAUGGCCCGGAGGAAACUGCUACCAGGAAGAAUUCAGUUAUGGGGACAUCCGAUUGCAGUAGACUGGGCAGAACCAGAAGUGGAAGUUGACGAAGACACAAUGUCUUCAGUGAAAAUCUUGUAUGUAAGAAACCUUAUGCUGUCUACCUCUGAAGAGAUAAUUGAAAGGGAAUUCAACAAUAUUAAACCAGGUGCUGUGGAAAGAGUGAAGAAAAUCCGGGACUAUGCCUUUGUGCACUUCAGUAAACGAGAAGAUGCAGUUGAGGCUAUGAAAGCUUUAAAUGGAAAGGUGCUGGAUGGUUCCCCCAUUGAAGUGACCUUGGCCAAACCAGUGGACAAGGACAGUUAUGUUAGGUACACCAGAGGCACAGGUGGAAGAGGAACAAUGCUGCAAGGAGAAUAUACCUACUCUUUGGGCCAUGUGUAUGAUCCCACCACAACCUACCUUGGAGCUCCUGUCUUCUAUGCCCCCCAAGCCUAUGCAGCGAUUCCUAAUCUUCAUUUCCCAGCCACUAAAGGACACCUAAGCAACAGGGCCAUUAUCAGAGCCCCUUCUGUUAGAGAAAUUUACAUGAAUGUACCUGUAGGGGCUGCGGGAGUGAGAGGACUGGGCGGCCGUGGCUAUUUGGCAUACACAGGCCCAGGUCGUGGAUACCAGGUCAAAGGAGACAAGAGAGAAGACAAACUCUAUGACCUUUUACCGGGGAUGGAGCUCACUCCAAUGAAUCCAGUCACUUUAAAACCCCAAGGAAUUAAAUUAGCUCCACAGAUAUUAGAAGAAAUUUGUCAGAAAAAUAACUGGGGACAGCCAGUGUACCAGCUACAUUCUGCCAUUGGACAAGACCAAAGACAAUUAUUCUUAUACAAAAUAACUAUUCCUGCUCUGGCCAGCCAGAAUCCUGCAAUCCACCCUUUUACACCUCCAAAACUGAGUGCCUAUGUGGAUGAAGCAAAGACAUACGCAGCUGAGUACACCCUGCAGACUUUGGGCAUCCCCGCUGAUGGAGGGGAUGCUGGGACUGCAGCUACUGCUGCCACUUCUGCUACUAUUUUCCCAGGAUAUGCUGUCCCCAGUGCAACUGCACCCAUCUCUGCAGCUCAGCUCAAGCAAGCAGUGACCCUUGGACAAGACUUAGCAGCAUAUGCAACCUAUGAGGUCUACCCCACUUUUGCUGUGACUGCCCGAGGGGAUGGAUAUGGACCCUUCUGAAGAUGCCUCUCUUUUAAUUAGGGAUAAGAUACAUAAAACUCUUUUAUAGAAGAAAUAAACUUUUCAGUCCCCUAAUGACAUAAACCAUGCCUUCUCUAAAGCAGUGCUUUUCCUGAGACUGUAUAACUUAUACCAUUGUAGAGUCAUGAAAUGUGAAUGUUAUUUCUCAAUGAAAUCAAAUAUUAAGAAGUCUUUCAUUUAACAGAAAGCCAAAGAGCCAUUGGCCCCAAACAUUGUUCUUCCAAGUUACUUCAGUGUCCUGGGAGUAUGUUUACAGUCCCUGACAGAGCAGGUGAGAUCUCUCAGCAGGCAAGAGCUGGAGCUGAGCAAACUGGGCCAUCAGUUACAAGGGAGCCACUUAAACUCCAGAGUCUCAACCUUGGCUCAGAGCUGCUAUGUGGUACACAAAGUCAAGAAGCGGCAAAAGGAAGGUGGAAAGACACUUCGCAAAAUGCCUUUACUGUGUGGUGCAUUAUCUCAUGUCUGAACUUAUGAAAAUUGUCCAAUAUUUUAUGGAUUCAGCAUCACAUCCACCUGAAAAUUCCACCCAAUUUGUCAUAGGCCAGGAUCUUCCUAGCCCACACACUUUCUUGGGCUCUCCUAGAAAUUGAUAUGUAUUGCAGAUGUGGUUAAAACAAUUCCGGACUUCUUGUUUAUCCAACUCAUUAGCCCACACUUAUUUUUCCCCAGAACUCCUAUCCUUCCCCAGGAUACCCACAAUACAAAAACCAUGCCAACAUGAAAUGACUUUUCAUCAUUUUAAAAAGAUUUUGAAUUGUCCAUCCUGAUUUACUUUCAUCUCAGACUCAUUUUGCUUUUCUCUAAUAUAAAAAAGUAAAUCAUACCUACAGAAUAACACAUAUGAUACUUUUUCCUAUUCAGCAAGUUGGCCUAAAAUUCAUUUUAAAGAGAAAAGUGAAGUUCGGUUUUCAUUUCUUGUUUUUGUUGUUGUUGUUGUUGUUUUUUCUGACGUGCUGGGGACCAACCCAGGGUCUUAUGCAUACUACACAAGCACUCUACCACUGAAUCCUACCUUCGGUCCUGCAUUCAUUACUUUGAUCUUUUUGCAGUAUCCACAUUGCCAUCUAGCAUUCAAAGACAGUUAAUUAACUUGAGGUUAGUCUUGAAUUAUCUAAUCCACUUAUAUUAAAGCUGCCAAAAAUUCCUUUACCUUCCAUCCUUUAAUUUUUAAUAAGUAUAGGCAGCUUUAUUAUACCUAAUCCAUUUGUCUUGAAAGCAUCACAGGAAAAUCUUACAUCCAUCACUGGUGAUUAGAAACCAUUCCUUUAUGCAAGAAUAUUAUUUGGCAAAGUCCCCUAAAGUUGAGGAGCUCUUUCCUGGGAACAUCUGUUAGAGGUGGGACAGACGAGGAUGCCACAACUUAAGAAUGGAGUUAAAAAGGAAGCACUACUUUCCUGCUGUAUUUGUAAGUGAUUGCUUUGUUUAAAACAAAAAUAAUCAAAGUCCAAUACCAAAGCCCAUUGCUACCACUCCAGGCUCUUUAGUGAUUUAAGACAUACAGCACUAAAAUUUUCAUUUUAAAAAAUCCAUUGGCCCUUGUGAAAUUCUAUAGAAUUCAAAGGGAAAAUAUAAGCAUACACAGAGCAGAAAAUUUUAUCAACUCCUUAAUAGAAUUCUAUGAUCCAGAAUCAGGCCAGAUUCCAACCAGUCAGGUAAGCC